AUGCGUCUCGAUGUCGGCGCUGCAGCGAAGUGGAAGCUUGUCAAUGUCCCAGCAAAUUCAGAAUGGGUGGUGUAUCGCCAUAAGUUGUCUCGCAAACAUUAUUGUUUGCUUAUCUUCCCUCGACGCGAUACAUCCGGUUUCUUGUCUCUCAUCCCCGAUACUGUCCCUCUAUCAUCUUUAACGCUUCCAGGAACUCAUGACACAAUGGCUUUUUAUGGAUGGCCUAUCGCCCAGUGCCAAUCACCAAGCACCUCUCUUGAGAGACAACUUAACGCUGGCAUUCGAGUUCUCGACAUACGCUUGGCAAUCGUUGAUUCCCACCUCAUUUCAUACCAUGGAAUAUACCCGGAACGUACCCUGUUUGCGGAUAUCUUAUCAACGGUAUACACGUUCCUCACAACGCCCUCGACUUCGCGCGAGACCAUAGUAAUGUCAAUCAAGCAGGAGGAUUCUGAUACGGAACGUUUCAGCAAGCUUGUACACCAAGAGAUUGUUACCUCCCCAGGGGGCUUGAGCAUGUGGUAUUUGGAAAAUCGACUACCAACCCUGGGUGAGGUAAGAGGCAAGGUUGUAAUGUUCAGCCGUUUCGGCACAGAUGGUCACGACUGGGACAAUGCAGCUAUUGGAAUCCAUCCGUCUAUCUGGCCUGACAAUGACAGACACGGCUUCACUUGGAGCUGUCAGGACGUCCUGGUCCAGACACACGACUGGUACACAAUUCCUUCCUUCCUCUCUAUUCCCGAGAAAGUUGCUCUUUCAACUAAUAUCCUCGUCGCUUCCUGUGAUUCUUCUCCCCCGACCCUAUCAAUAUCCUUUCUUUCUGCAUUGUCAUUACCAUUAGCGUUCCCUCCCAUGUUCGCCCGCGGCCUCGGAUGGCCGCAAUGGGGAAUUGGAUUUGAAGGCGUCAAUGCUCGAGUCGGCAAAUGGCUCAUUGAUCAGUUCGACAAACGAGGAGAGAAUGACGUGAAUACUGAACCGCGGAUCAGGGGUUGGGUACUCAUGGAUUUCUAUGACGACCCGACAGGACAAAGUAUUGUCCCGUUACUUGUAGAAUGUAAUUUCAGAGGGAGAAAGUGCGAGGAAGGUUGGGCGUGA